UGGGCCACCAUGGCGGCGAUAGCGGCAGUAGUGGCGGCGCUGCGGGAGUGGCUGACGGCGGUGGAGCGGCAAGAUGUGGCCUGGCGGGCGGCUCUGGCGGCUUGGGAGCCGCUGCUGCGCUCGCUGGCCGGGCUGGCGGCGCAGAUGCGGGCGGCGCGGCAGGUGGCGUGGGGCGAGAGGCCGCUCGGUGCCCACCCUGGCCUGCGGGAGCGGCUGUGGCAGAAGCAGCGCGGCGCGGCCGAGGCGCUGCUCGAGGAGCUGGGCGGGCGGCGGGCCGAGCUGCGGGCCGUGCGGGACGCGGUGGGCGCUGGCGUGGCCGCAGUGCUGCGGGUGUACGAGGAGCAGGCGACGGAGCUGGGCCUCACGGCGGCCCUGAGGCGUGGACCGCGCUGCCCCUCGCUGGCCGACACCCUGGAGGGGCUGCAGGAUGUGGAGUGCUAUUACCGGCACCUGUACCUGGAGAGCAAGUUUCUACUGCUCCGCAUUAGCUGCGAUCGCCUGGCAGACAUGGAAGCCCUCCCACAGGCCUGGGAGAGGAUUUUGGAGCACUACAAGGAAGACGUCGUUCCAGUGGUUGGUGACUUUGCUCAGUUUGCAGUUGGUCUUAAUGACCUGCUCUGACAUCUGGUGAACGACUCCAGUCAUAAAUCCUCACCAUCACUCUCUGGGAAAGCUGGAAGUGAGGUCCUUCGUCACAGUGUGCUGAGGACUUUAGUGAUCCCUUUCACUUGGUCUGCAAAGUCAGCUUUACUUAUAUGUUUCUGCCUUGCUUUUUGAAGUAAGUGAAAGCUUUGUGGGUGCGGAAAACAGAUAAAAUGCUUUAAUCUAAUGCAGGUGUUAUUUUUCUUCUGAUUCAGAUGUGCUCCUGAAGAUCUCCCUGUUUGUGGAGAACUAUCGAGAGCUGUGCUGCUCACCAGGCUCCUGACAGAGAAUGGGAGGGCCUGACGCUGACCAGUUCCUCCUGCUGUGUUCUGAGGUGGCCACAAAAGAGGACGAGGAGGAGUUGAAAAAGCUUUACUGGUGCUUUUCAGAAGCUGAGUGGGUUGGAUACUUGGCCUUAGCAGGAAAUGCUUGGACUGUUUAAUUUUUAAGUGAAAAUGGACUUGGUGUCUGAAGAAGAGGCUGAGCUGAAUGAGGCGUAAAGAUAGAAGGGAGUCAUUUUCCGCCAUGAAAGUCAUCAUUUUGUCUGCCAUGGAUAUUUUGUAUAUGGACAAAAAUGCUGAGUCUUACUCCUUUGAGAUGCGCUGCAAAUAAGUGAACGUAACACAAGGUGCAGCAGGCUGCUACCGUGUCAGAAAGGUGUUUGGUUACCAUCCUUAUAAAUAAAGAUGUCAAAGCAGGGCUUAAAAUCAGUUUGCACCUCAUGCCUGUGAGCAAUAUGUUUGCUUUUGUCCCGUGUGUGUUGAAGAGAAGGGAGCAAAUUUGACUUGGAAAAAGUAAUUUUGGAGGUGCAUGGACACCUGAGCACUUCUCAGAUAUCUCUGCUGGGGGAGGUUAAAUGACAGUCUCAAAGCUUCACGCUCUGUGGUAGCAGUGACUGCUGAUGGUUUUUGGCUGUGGUAUUGAUCCUCUCUCACAUUCCUGGGAAGUGAUGGGAUGCCUCUCUCUAAGUAACCCCUUGGGUAAGAACUGUAGCCUCUUAAGGAAGGACAUAGAAUCAUUUGGUUGGAAAAGACCUUUGAGAUGAUCAAGUCCAACUUUACCUGUCCACUACUAAAUCCUAUCUUUGAGCUAAUAAAGGCUUG